AUGGCUUCCCAAAUCGCUGGGCCAUCCGGUUCGUCGCCGUCGUUCAAGACGUCAACCCUCUCGCCUGUCGUCCUCGACAAUCACUCGUCUGCAAGCAUAGGUAGCAACAUCAGUCUGCAUCCACUACCAAUCCUCAAUAUUUCGGAGCAUCUUGUUCGAACAAGACUGCAAAGCCAGGACGAACAGCUCACCGUCUAUGGUGUUCUGCUCGGGACACAGCAAGGACGAGAUAUCGAAAUCCAGAACUCGUUCGAGAUCCGCUUGGAUCCCCCCACGUUGGCAUCGUCGGCGCCAACCAUAAACCAUGCAUUCCUCAAAUCGCGCCAGGCGCAGUACAAGCAAGUGUUCCCCACGCUCGACCUCCUAGGAUGGUACACGAUUGGCGACGUGCCCACGCCGCAAGACCUCGAGGUCCACAAGCAGCUGCUAGCGUACAAUGAGACUCCCCUCCUCGUUCAGCUUCAUCAGACAGUGUCAUCCUUCGAGAACGCAGAGGCGAACGGGGAGCUGCCGAUCCGGGUGUACGAGUCGGUGGUGGAGCUGGUUCGCGGAGAAACGACCCAGUUCUUCGUCCCGGCUGGGUACAAGAUCGAGACAGGCGAGGCGGAACGGAUUGCGGUGGACCAUGCGAGCAAGGCCGGUGCCGAGUCGGGAGGCGACCAUCAAGGUACCAUGUUGGCAGGGAUGCAAGCGCAGCACAGCGCCAUCAGCAAGCUCAACGAUCGGAUCCGACAGGUCCUCGCCUAUUUGCAAGCUGUCAAAGGUGGUGCCGCAGCUUGGGAUCACCACGCGUUGCGGCAGAUUCAGACCGUCGUCGCCAACUUGCCGCAAACGGCUCUGCCUGAGCUGCAAGAAGAGCUUCUGAGGGUGAGUGUCAGAUGCAUCGAGAUGCAAAAGUAUCGACAAGUAUUUCUCGAUCGAGCCGGAAGUCAGACGAUCGGGCAACGACGUCGAUGCCAUCUCGAUUCAAGGUCAUCGAAGGUCACAUCGCUAACAAGCACUCUUACUGUUCACACCCGUUGGUCGCUCUUCGAAUGUUCAGGAACACAACGAUGUCCUCCUAACCAACUACCUUUCCGUGCUUACGGAAAGUCUCCACACAAUGAACGAGGGUCUGGAUCUUUGGACUUUUCGGUGCCUGACCGCCUUCUGGGAACCCAACGCUUCAACGGCAUCGAAUCGGUCAUGUCUCGGUUGACAGUGCUGACAUCGGCUGCUGAUUCUCCUCAGUGCGAGAGACAGAUCCAAGGAGACAAACACUGUACAAGCUGCGAUCCAAGACAGCGGCGUAGGGCGAGUCAGACGGCGACUCACUUUCGAAUUCGAAUGGGUGUCCACAUGGCGAUGUUCCCGGCGCCAACUGUGGAUCCUCUUGAUCGCUGCACGUAUUCUCCAGAGACAAGCUACCACUGGGGUUGCAGGAUCGUGUUCUUGACACGGGAAGAUGCUGAAGUCGUCUGUGGAAAAAGGGCAAGGCGCAGUGAUGCGCGGAGUCUCAACGAUUUCCAGAUCCGCCCGCUCCGUGGUGAUGGUGAAUUCAUAUUCCACGUGUCUUUUCUGCUGCCGUUUCAAGCUCGUUGGAACUGGGCCUUUUCCGGCAACGCGCAAGAGCGCUGCACCAAGCUGCUGAUGUGCCGUGUUCAGCCCGCUUUGCUCUGCAUCUCUGCAAGUCCGCAUUCAUGUCGGCAACGCUAG